GGGCUCUUGAGCUCUGCACGAAUGGAACAGAUUAGGAUUAGGGUUAUUGUAUUAUCAGUUAUAUUUUGUUUUAAUUAUAAGCAAGCACAUAAUGACGAAACUACCGCGUUUCUUUAUCGCUCGUGACAGCUAAUCUAAGUAGAGCCCUUCUUUUUAAAAUUAUUUUCACAUUGGUAUUUGUUCAGUGCUAACAUUUUAUUUCCCUUACAUUUUAAUAUCGUGGCAUUUGCAAAAUAUGAAAAAAUAUGCGCACUAAUAUUCUAACGUUUUUAAAAAGAAGAAUUUGAGGAAAAUAUGUAUUCCUUACUGUUCCCUGUUUAUACUAGGGUACAAGGCAUGUAAUUGAAUGAUGGUCCCUCAGCUGUAAGCUUUAUGGAUCAUAACUAUUAUUUGUUUUUUCGUUUGACAAUUAUGAAAAUCGUUAGUCGGUAAAUGUGGCAGACAAUCUUCGGUUUCUCUCAUUGGUUUAUAAAGACAACACGAAACGCCGAGGAAAUAAGGGGCCCCAGGCAGGUGAUUGGAGGUUUGUGUUACAAAGUUUGGUUAACACUUUUACUUGCUGUGAACAAGUAUUGAAACUGAUGAAUUCAACACUGAUAAUAAUAGAGCGGCAGCUUCAGCUUAUGGCUUUAGAUUACAGCAACAGAUCUAACACCGAGGUAUUGGUGGUCACUUUAAUCUGGACGAUUCUAAGUGUCAUUGCCUGUGUGGGAAAUCUCCUGACACUUUUAAUCAUCUACAAGAACCGCUCCUUAUGGAAUUCAACGAAUAUAAUCCUCGCGUCGCUUGCACUGUCAGAUUUUGCCUUCAACACACUGAAUAACCUUCCAGUGGGGGUAGCGGUUUUCGCGUCUCCGCGGUUCCCCUUUUCGCACUUGGUAUGUCAAUACCAAGCAAGCGUUUGUAUCACCCUGUCAACUGCUUCAAUACAGAUUUUGGCUUUGGCUUCUUUAAAUCGUUACUACCGAAUCAUCAAACCUACCAAAUACAAUAACGUCUUUAGCAAACAGAAAACCUUUGCUGCCCUGCUUAUGGCGUGGUGCCUAUCUCUAGCGGCGCCAUUCCUGCUCAUCGCGGACGGCAGUGAUUAUGUUUUCCAUCCAGCCAAGGCGUUUUGCUUUUACAGAUUGGACGUCUGGUUAUUUCCUGUUGUAGGAACUUGGAUCAUGAUUGGAAUCCCUUCCGCAGUAAUCAGCUUUUGCUACGCCAAAAUUUUGAUCAAAGUUCGUCAUCACAACGCGCAAUUAUCGCAGUCGAGUGCGAGUGCAACGGAGAUUAAAAUCACGAAGAAUCUUCUCGUUGUUAUUAUCGCCUUUGUCCUUUGCUGGACCCCCAUUAUUGCGGUGGAAACCAUAGAUUAUUGGCUUCAACGAUAUGCAAUGCCCCGAAUUGUAUACACUAUCUAUCCUUUUCUUAGUAAUCUUAGUUCUGCUAUCAAUCCACCGAUCUACGUGGCGCUGAAUCCGACUUUUAGAGAAAAGUACAAACAACUGUUUCGAAAAUAUACAGGUGUGCGCCCUGCUUGAACAGGUCACUCGUCCAGUAUAGGAUCCUGAAUCCAAAUAGUUGUUCAGUUCCUAAACACUCAAUUGUCUGUCUAUAAGACGAUGACAUAUGUCCUAUAAACGGGUUUGUUCCAUCACACCCACCCUGGAAUCCGUCACUAUAAAAAAAUCUUGC